UGUCCUAAACAAUUUCUGCAGAUCAAAUCUUGACCCUUCAUUCUCUGACAAAUGUGUCCACGUGAUCACUUAAUUCAACACAAUUUUAUUUUGCUUCUUCUUCCAUAUAUAUUUCUUACCCCACUUUCUUUACUUUCUUGCUCACUCUCACCAUUUUUCAGACUGAAAAACACAGUCUCUCUCUAUCUGCAUUAUUAAGUUUUUUUUCUUUUUCAUUUUUCUUGAAAUUCUUUAAAGAAAAUGAGAAUGGUAUUGAAGGUUGAAUCCAUGGUUGUUUUUGUGUUCAUUCUUUUAGCUUCUGCUUCUGCUUCUCUUGCUUCACUUGAUGAAGAACCAUUUAUUGGUGUUAAUAUUGGAACAGACUUAUCGGACAUGCCCCACCCAACUCAAGUAGCAGCUCUGCUCAAAGCUCAGCAAAUCAGGCAUGUCCGAUUAUAUAAUGCUGACCGUGGAAUGUUAGUUGCGCUUGCAAAUACUGGCAUUCAGGUUAUGGUCUCUGUCCCCAAUGAACAGCUCCUAGGAAUCGGUCAGUCAAAUUCCACGGCUGCGAAUUGGGUCUCCCGCAAUGUUGUAGCUCAUUAUCCAGCCACUAAUAUCACAGCCAUUUCAGUAGGUUCCGAAAUUCUCACCACUCUUCCGAAUGCAGCAUCGGUCCUUGUCAAUGCCAUGAAACUCAUUCACUCGGCACUUGUGGCGUCCAAUCUAGAUCGCCAAAUCAAAGUUUCGACACCCCUUUCUUCCUCUAUUAUCCUUGAUUCUUUCCCGCCUUCGCAAGCUUUCUUUAACCGGUCCUGGAAUCCUGUUUUGGUUCCCAUGUUCAAUUUCUUGCAGUCUUCAGGCUCGUACCUCAUGCUCAAUGUAUAUCCUUAUUAUGACUAUAUGCAAUCAAACGGUGUAAUUCCGUUGGAUUACGCACUCCUCAAGCCUCUUGCUCCCAACAAAGAAGCUGUCGAUGCCAAUACUCUGGUCCACUAUUCCAAUGUCUUUGAUGCAAUGGUUGAUGCAGCAUAUUUUGCUAUGGCUUUUUUAAACUUCACCAACAUUCCUGUUGUGGUGACUGAAUCCGGCUGGCCGUCUAAAGGCGACCCUAAUGAGCCAGACGCAACUACAGACAAUGCCAACACAUACAACAGUAAUUUGAUUAGGCAUGUUUUGAACAAAACUGGAACCCCAAAACAUCCUGGAAUUGCUGUUAGUACAUAUAUUUAUGAGCUUUAUAAUGAAGAUACAAAAGCUGGACCAGUUUCGGAGAAAAACUGGGGACUAUUUAAUGCAAAUGGAGAGCCUGUUUACAUUUUGCACUUGACUGGGUCUGGUUUGGUAUUAGCCAAUGACACAACCAACCAAACAUUCUGCACUGCUAAAGACGGUGCUGAUCCGAAGAUGCUGCAGGCUGCUUUGGAUUGGGCAUGCGGACCUGGAAAGGUCGACUGCUCAUCUUUGUUGCAGGGCGAAUCGUGCUAUGAACCAGACAAUGUAGCUGCGCAUGCGACCUAUGCCUUUGACACAUACUAUCAUCAGAUGGGGAAGACUCCUGGAACUUGUGACUUCAAUGGAGUGGCAUCUAUCACUACCACAAAUCCAAGUCAUGGCACCUGUUUAUUUUCUGGAAGCUCUGGCAGGAUCAAUGGCAGUUUAGUAAACAUAACAGCACCAUCUAUGAAUUCUACAAGCUCCGAUUCGCCUGCUCGAGACGCCUGUCACAGAAGAUUCAUGAGCAUGUGGAUGCUUGUAGGAGUUGUAAUGUGGAUCUUAGUUUUGUUGUAGAAGCUAGGUGGUAAAUGGUGAAAUGUUUUGCAAACUCGUCCAAUUUUUUGUGGAAUGGUUUUCCAUUUUUACCUCUUCAUUUGGUGGAGGUUUGAAUGGAUUUUUGGGUUAGUGGCUAAAUUAAAAUUUUGUACAAAAGAAGCUGAAAACAAGCCUGGACUGAGUUUGGCUUCAAAACUGAAUUCUAUCAUUCUUUUCAAUGAGAGCUGUGAUUGCUAUUCCAUUUA